AUGCCGCCCAAGCGCAUGACAGCGAACCCCGUCAAGCCGGCGCGCUACCGCGCCGGCAAGCCCGCGGCACCGGAAGCCGACUCUUCAGACUCGGACGCCAGCGACGACGAGACCGAGACCGCGCCCAAGAGCAAAACCAUCCCGCCGCCCCCCAAAGCCGCGAGCGCAGCCAAAAUCGCCAGCAAUCUCGGCAAGGUCAACCUCGACGAGCGCAGGCGCCAGGCACAGGAGCUGGAGGAUCGUAGGAUAGCACGAGAAAAGGCCGAACGUCUCGCCGCCGAGGAAGGCUUUGUGACGGAAGAGGAAGAGGAGGCAGAAGGCGGCGAUGACGAUGAGGAGGAGGAAGAGAGCUCGAGCGAAGAGGAGAGCAGCAGCGAGGAAGAAGCGCCCCGCCGCCUCAUGAUCCGACCAAAGUUCAUCCCCAAGAACCAACGCGACGCGGCCAAGGACCCGUCAGGCGCAGCAGCCAAGGACGAAGAAGCGCGUUACGCAGAGGAGGAGGCGCGCCGCAAAGCGGCUGCCGACGCGCUGGUCGAGGAGCAGAUCAAGAAGGACCUCGCCGCGCGCGCGGCGGGCAAGAAACACUGGGACGAUGAGGAGGCCGAGGGCUCUGACGUGGACACGACGGACGAUCUGGAUCCGGAGGCAGAACUCGCCGCCUGGAAGAUUCGUGAGCUUAAGCGCAUCAAGCGCGAGCGCGAUCGCAUUGCGGAGCAGGAGGCCGAGUACGCGGAGCGUGAGCGCCGGCAGAACCUCACGCAGGAGGAGCGCGACGCCGAGGACGCUGCGAAGAUCGCCAAGCAACAGGAGGAGAAGGACGGCCGUGGCAAAAUGUCGUACCUUCAAAAGUACUAUCACAAGGGUGCCUUUUACAGCGAAGAGGCGAAGGCCUAUGGGCUGGACAAGCGUGAUCUCAUGGGCAUGCGGAUCGCGGAUGAUAUCAAGGAUCGGAGUGCGCUGCCUGAGUACCUGCAGAAGCGUGACAUGACGAAGCUUGGCAGGAAGGGCGCGACGAAGUACAAGGAUCUCAAGAGCGAGGACACGGGACGGUGGGGAGAGUUUGACGACCAUCGUGGUCGCGACAGGAGAGGUUUCGACAGAUACGGCGUGGACGAGCGCUUCCAGCCGGAUGCUGAUCGCAGUGGACAGGGGGCCAACGCUAUACCACUGGGUGAUCGCAAGACGCCUGGCAGGCCGGGUGGUCCGGAUGGCCACAGAGGGGACCGUUCUCGGGAUGAGGACAGAUAUCGGGAUCGUGGCAGCGAUCGCAGGGAUAGAGAUGACGAUAGGUAUCGUUCCCGGGAUGAUUACCGUCGCAGGGACAGGUCGAGAUCGAGAUCGCCGCGGCGAGACUCACGAGAUGACUACAGGGAUCGGAGGAAACGAAGCCCUUCCCGCGAGAGAUAUGACAGCGACAAGCGGCGGCGCGUGGAUUCGAGCUAA